CACCAACACAAGCAUUGCGUGGCAAUCCAUCCGGAUUCGUUGUUCACCAAUCCCCGUCUUGGAGUUUUAGGCCUUCGGCUACGGUUAACACGAGCAAACCACAACGAGCCCACCUCAGCAAACUGCGACGACCAAUCUAGGCAAUCAUCGUCGCCAAGUACAACUCGCCCGCGCAACGGAUUUAGCGGACGGAAAGACAAGAAAUAUUGGUUUCCAGCCUCGUUUGCACUCCAUCCUCUUUGCAGAAGGAAAUUUGCCCACGCCCAACUGGAAGGAUGACCGCCACAGCAGCAAACGCCAAUCGGGCCUUCGACCUCCAUCCUUUCUCCACGAAUCCGCUUAAGACGCGCGACGAUGUAGUCGCCGCUGUAGCAUCUCUGCUGGAUCCCCUCCUCUCAGGCUUCUCGCCUAGUAAAGCCAUUAUAAAGUGCGGAAGCACAGGCACACGCUUCGAUGAAACGGGAGCGCAAGUUGAAGGCUUCGCACGCCCACUAUGGGGUCUCGCGCCCUUAUUGGCAGGUGGGAGCAAAUAUGCAGCGACAGAUAAAUGGGUUAAGGGUCUAAUUUCAGGCACUGAUCCGGAGAGUGGUGAGUUUUGGGGGUAUAUGGAGGAUACGGAUCAGAGGAUGGUGGAGGCGUGUCCGAUUGGAUUUACCCUGGCGGUUGCGAGCAAAGAGUUUUGGGAUCCUUUGACGGAGAAACAAAAGAAGAAUGUGGAGACGUGGUUGGGGAGUAUGAAUGACAAAAAAAUGCCUGAUACGAACUGGCUUUGGUUCCGCGUUUUCGCCAAUCUCGGACUUGAAAGAAACGGCGCUCAGUGGUCGAAAGAGCAGCUGGAGAAGGAUAUCAAGCAGCUCAAUACCUACUACCGCGGUGAUGGAUGGUCGAACGAUGGACCGGCACACUAUCGUCAAAUGGACUAUUACUCCGGCUCUUUUGCUAUUCAGUAUCUCCAACUAUUAUACUCGAAGCUGGCUGCGGAUAUCGAUCCUACCCAGGCUGAAGAGUACAAGAAUCGCGCACGAAUGUAUGCUCUUGACUUCGUGCACUACUUUGACCCAGAAGGCCGAGCUAUCACAUUCGGGAGGUCCUUGACAUAUCGCUGGGCAAUGGUAGCGUUUUGGGGUGCCGUAGCAUUUGCAGACGUCGAGCUGCCGGAGCCAUUGUCCUGGGGCGUCGUAAAAGGAAUUUGGCUUCGGAACCUACGAUGGUGGACAACACAGCACGACAUCUUCCAGUCAAACGGCAUGCUUACGGUCGGAUACUCAUACCCCAAUUACUACCUUGCUGAAAACUACAACUCCCCACAGUCGCCCUAUUGGUGCAUGCUCGCCUUUGCCGCGCUAGCUGUGCCAGAGAGCCAUCCAUUCUGGAGCGCAAAGGAAGAACCGCAUCCAUUUGCCAACCAGCGAGUUGUCAAAUCCUUGCCUCAUCCACGCCAAAUUGUUGUCCGAAGCGGCGGGCAUACAUUCCUACUCUCGAGUGGUCAAUCAUGCCACUACGCGAUCAAGAACUCAAACGCCAAGUACGGCAAAUUCGCGUACAGCGCAGCAUUCGCGUACUCCGUCUCGACCGGCUACCAAGAGCUCGAACAAUUCGUCCCAGAGUCCACUUUGGCCCUCUCCGACGACGGCGGAGAGUUGUGGAAAAUGAGGCGUGCGCACAAUGGCGAUUCGGAAAUUGAAACCCACGACAGUGUGCCGGUUCUGGUCUCCAGCAUGAAGCCCUGGCCCGAUGUCGAAGUCCUCACAUACUUGAUCCCACCCGCGGAAGACACACCCAACUGGCAUCUCCGCGUCCAUCGCAUCAGGACAGGCCGCGAUGUCAUGACUGCAGAAGGCACGUGGGCUUGCUACGGCGCUCGCGAGUCCGAUGGCAGACUCCUCACUGAGUGGAACGGCACACUGCGCACGCUCAACUCCUCCAUCCCUGAAGGUGGACACUCGGACGUUGUAUCUGCUUUCGCCGCAUCACCACGCACCGGCGCGGUCGGUAUUGCAGAAAUAUAUCAGGGGUUGAGGACGGGUAGUGUCAUCUUAUCGGACGCAAACUCUAAUCUCGUCGAAGCAAGGACUGUGUUGCCGGUUGUGAGGAAGGAUUUGAAAGCCGGCGAGACGGCGUGGUUUGUCAGCGCUGUAUAUGCACUGCCGGCGAGUGUCGAUGGGUGGAAAGAGACGUGGAAGGCUGGGUGGGAGAAGAAGCCGAAAGUGCCGGAAUGGGUCCAGGAUAAGAUUUCAGGGUGAUGGAUUUGACAUUGUUGUGAAGGAAUGGAAGACAAGGGCAGAGUCAUGUUUGAAAGCUAGCCCAAAUAAAUGGACAAUUGAAGUCGUGUUAGUUGAUACAACGCAAUACUUUCGCUGCAUAACUAUUGAUAUAUACCUCUUCAAGUAAUAUGCGGAAAACAAGUCUGCAACACACUAUGUACCUACUUUCUCUCAAGCGUCAAGCAAAACGCACCAAGACUAUAUGC